AUGCGCCCCCGGGGAAGCACCGAGACGGACGUUGCCUCAGAGGCGACCCUGCUCGCUGUGGCCAAGGCCAUCGCCUCAAGGGUCGGGCUCUGCGAGCUCAAUGCCGACACACAUCUGGGAUGCGCCUUCAUCUUUGAUUUGGUGCCCGCGUCUUGUUGCACGUGCGGCACCUGCAGCUGGGCGCGAGUGCGGGCAGCACACACGGAGCUGGAGCUCUGCGCAGAAAUCGCGGCACUGCUCGCUGCAACUUCAAUGGCGCUGUCGCUCGAGGACCCUGUUCUGGUCCUGGCUCUGGCGCUGGUCGAGCGCAUGCAGCACCUCCUGGAGUGCGCCACCGUGCGGCCGAUUGUCCUCACCGCCCUGGCGAUCGCGGCCAAGGAGUGGUACGAUGACGAGGUGACGCUGGACGAGUUCCGAGAGGCGCUGCCUCACCUGCGCCUCUGCCGCCUGCAUGAAAUGGAGAGCGAGGUGCUCAAGAUCCUCGACUACGACGUGCUGCUCGUCGACACGACGUGGGGGCAGCUCAACGCCGAGCUGGUGUCGGUCGCCGACGUGCAGCCCCCCUUCCUGCAGAGCCUCCGUGCAGGCUACGGCAACGUGCUCGACGCAAUAGCCGGCGCCUGCGACGUGCAGACAGCCGACCCGGUCGGGGAAGUUCCGCGAAAAACAAUGCCCUCCCUCUCCUCGCCGCCGCGGCGCGCGGCCAAGUGA